CGCCAAAACACACAUACCGACACACAAACUGCAUAAUAGAAAAGCUCUAUUUCCCUUAAACACAAUCAAUUCAUGGCUGCAUUGAGUGGGAAGAAGCCUCACGUAAUGGCCGUGGCCGUCCCCGGUCAAGGCCAUAUUACGCCUCUCAUGAAUCUCUGUCGUGAAAUAGCCAAACGAGGGAUUAAGGUCACGUUUGUCAACGCCCGAACUAUACAUGAAAAAUUAGUCGCCGCCGCGGAAGAUAUUGAUGAUUACAUCGCACUCGCCUCAGUCCCCGACGAGAUCAUUCCCGACAUCCAUCCAAACGAGCCCUUCAAGCUCUUGGCUUCUCUCAGAAAGACCAUGCCUCUGACCUUACCAGAUUUGAUUGAGAGCAUCAAUAAUUCGAAUCCGGAUCAGAAAAUCAGCUGCAUCAUCGUUGAUCUUGCAUUAGGCUGGAUUGUGGAGAUUGCGCAGAAGAUGGGAAUCGAACCAGUUGGUUUCUCAGUAGUUUCAAUGGCGGAUACUGCCAUCAUCCUUCAAAGUCCGAAGCUUCUGGAAGGUGGAAUCGUCGACACUCACGGUAUAUCAUCUAUACUUCACUUGCUGUCAGAUGAUAUACCCCCAUGGAGAAAAAACGAACUACCUUGGAGCUCUUCCAGCGACGAGAAAAUUCGAAAGAAAUCAUUUGAAAUUGUAAUGGAAUUUAGAGCAGCUAAUCAAGUAAAGUGGUUGAUAUGCAACUCUUGUUAUGAGCUCGAACCUGCAGCUUAUGGUUUGUACCCAAAUUUCCUGCCCCUCGGAUUAUUUCAUCAAUCUGAGACGAAAUCGAAUUCGGGCAGCCUUCUUCCUGCAGAUUCGUCUUGUUUAAGCUGGUUGGAUACUAAACCGGAUGGAUCGGUUAUUUAUGUUUCUUUUGGCAGCCUUGCCUCAUUCUCUCAGCAGCAGAUGGAGGAGCUGGCAACCGGGCUCGAGCUCUCGGGCCGCCCCUUUCUGUGGGUCAUUAGGCGGGACCUUGCGGCCGGGUCGCCUCUCGUGUACCCGGAUGGGUUCCUGGAGCGGGUGAGUGUGCUUGGAAAGAUUGUUGAAUGGGCCCCUCAAAAUGAAAUUUUGUCGCAUCCUGCUAUCGCCUGCUUUCUGUCGCACUGUGGCUGGAAUUCGACUCUCGAAGGAGUAAGUAAGGGGGUGCCUUUCCUCUGUUGGGCAUGCUUUGCUGAUCAGUUCCACAACGAGAGUUUUAUUUGCGAUAUGUGGGAGAUUGGAUUGAGGAUUGAUUUGGAUGAAUUUGGGAGUGUUAGAUCCAAGCAUGAGAUCAAGAAGAAAAUCGACAUGAUAUUUUGGAGUGAUAAAUUCAAGGAAAAUGCAUUGAAAUUGAAGGAAUUGUGUGCGAAGAGCAUUCGCGAGGGGGGAUCGACUUAUAAGUAUUUUGAGAUGUUUAUUGAUUACCUCAAGAACACAACUACUCAUCUGUAA